AUGGAUGUUCCGGGACGUAAAAGAUCUUCAGAUGCUAUUUUAUUUUGCCAGCCAUGCAAGGGUGACGAUGAUACGAUACAGGCAGAAGGUUAUUGUGAGGAUUGUAAUGAGUUUAUAUGUUCAUCCUGUAUCAAAGCACACCGGAAGUUGGCCGUGACAAAAUUUUAUGUAAUCAAAUUCAAAGGUGAAAUGCCCAGUUUUCUUCCUGCUCGAAAUGAUGCAUGCACGGAACUCUGUGAUUACCAUAAGAACGAAAUAGUAAAGUUUUACUGCAACGAACACAAUAGUGUUGGAUGUAGAGAUUGUAUGGUUCUUAAACAUACUUCCUGCAAGAUUCAACUCGUUCCAGACGUCUCCAGAAAAUGUAAUGUCAGUGACGAACUUGUUUAUACCAAGUAUAGAAUUGAUCAUCUGAAGAAAAGUCUGGCGUCAUGUAAAGAAGAAAUCAAAUGCAGUCUUCAAACAGCAGACGAAAUAAAAGCAAUAGCCAUUAAGGACAUUAAACAAUUCCGUAAAGAUAUGGACACCUAUCUUGACAAUGUAGAAGAAACUCUUAUGCAGGAAGUUGAAAUGGUUAAUGAUUGUGAUGUUCGUACACAGAAGAAACUUCAUGAUCAAUGCGAUGAAAUAAAUGAUGAAAUUGUCAUAUUACAGAGUAAACUAGAACAGUGUAAAGACAAUAUUAAUAACUUGUUUGUUACAUCUAAACUUGUGCAGGAAAAACUGCAGAAAUGUCACGAAAUAAAUAAGGAUAUUUCAUCUAAAAGUCAAACCCACACUUUCAAAUUCACUCCUUCUGAAGAAAUGAACGCUUUGAAAAUAGAUAACAAAAUCAUAGGCCAUCUUGAUAAGCAAUUAAAGAAAUACCCAGGAAAAUGCAGGGAGAGUAUCAUUGGCAUUAAAGCUCAUUUGUCGCAGAAGUUCGAUAUUAAGACGAAACAGGAAAUGGACUGUUACAUAAGGAGUAUGACAAUCAUAUCUGAAACUGAAAUUCUGUGUGCAGAUCAAAUCAACAGAUCAUUAAAAGUCUUUAAUUAUGCACAGGGUAAAAUCACAUCAACCUUAGAAACAGCCAGUCCCCCAGCAGACGUUACGACAAUUAAUUCCAACUGUGCUGCAACAACUUUACUAAAUGAGGACAAAAUCUUGUUUCUUGAUACGCAAAACGGAUUGUCUGUUAGUCGAAAACUUAAAGUCAGGGAAGGGUGCUUGGGAAUCGAUCAUCACAAUGGUACACUGGCUGUAUCAUUCUAUGAUCCUCCUGCUAUUCAGGUAUUAGACAUGAAAGGACAUAUUCUUCAUCAAGUCAUUGAUACUACCGUACUAAAGUAUCCAAGAUAUGUUUCUCUGAGUAAUAAUAAGGUGUGA